AAUUAGUGCUGUUCUAAAAGACCAUUGAAGUACCAAGAGCCUCUAGUUACAUUUACUACUUGUUAAGUCGAUGGAGAAUGAUAUGUACAAUGUUCCACUGGACAUGGCUGGCAGAAAUUCUUCUGCCAUGGAAGAAACUACACAGCAUCUCACACCAAAGCCACUCAUUUAUUACUAUUCAUUUGACCUCAACAACCAAAACCACAUCAUAAAUGGAAUUCCAAUUCUUGCUGGAGAGCAAGUUGAACCUACAAGUAAUGUCCAUGUAGAUGGUCACUUCAGAAAUCCUACUAGUAUUGCUGAUUCUAAUUCCUUUUUUACAUCACUAGGAAAGAUUAUUGUGGGAGAUGCCUCAAAUCCCAUUGACAAUUGUGACUUUCAAGAACAUUUAUCUGGAGGAAAGCCAAUUACUUCUGCUUCACUUGCUGCUAGAAUUGGUCUUCAAGAAAAUUUAGAGAGUUCAACAACUUUGUCUCCUUCUAUCUGUUCAUUGGAGACAUUGGGACCAUAUGUCUUCAAUAAUUGGCAAGAUACUUCAAACCCUUUGUCUGCAACUUUGGGUGAUCGCGGCUACGAUGAAGUACCGGGUAAUGGUAAGUGGAAUGUCAACAAGUUUCUUAAAGCUCCAGAGGUUGAUGGGACUGGGUUGUUGGCUUAUUCAUCCAUAGUAAACCAGGAUCCAAAUGGAUGGACAUCAUCAAAUGUUACAAACUUGGCCAAUCUUGCUUACAAUUCUUCUAAUUGUAGUAAUGAGCUAUCACUAAGUCUUGCAACAUCUCCAACCCAUAGCAUGAAUGGAACAAGGUCAGGCUUGGAGCAAGCCUCAUGCAGCAGUAUGGAACUGUCUAUGAAUUUGGGUCCUAAUAAGCAUGUCCAGUUUUCACCAGCAAUCUUGGGAUCGAAAUAUCUUGCUGGAAUGCAAGAGAUACUUACUCAAAUUGCAACAUAUUCAUUUGAAAAUCUAGAAGAGAUAAAUUAUUCAGCUGAUGGUGUUAGGCAAGGAGGAGAUAAAUCAACUUCAGCUUUCAUACCCAAGAGAAGGAUAGCAAUAAAUCACAAUGAAAAUUCUAUGUUUGAAGCACAUUUAGAAUCUCCAUUGCAAAGACAUGCAGCUGAAUCAAACAAAUCCCAACUGCUUAUGCUUCUACAGCUGGUGGACAAUCGAUAUAGUCAGUGUUUGGAUGAGAUUCAUACUGUUGUAUCCGCAUUCCAUGCUGCUACUGAGCUGGACCCACACAUGCAUGCACAUUUUGCUCUUCAAACAAUCUCUCUCCUAUACAAGGACUUGCAAGAGAGGAUUAGCUAUCAUAUUCUUGCAAUGGGAUCGAAUUUGAACAGCUCAUGCUCAGAAGAGGAGAAGGAAUGGUCUGUUGAAACUUCAUUCAUUCAAAAGCAAUGGACUCUCCAACAGUUGAAAAAAAAAGAUCAGUUAUGGAGGCCCCAAAGGGGCUUGCCUGAAAGAUCUGUCUCAGUUUUACGUGCUUGGAUGUUUCAGAAUUUCCUCCACCCGUAUCCUAAAGAUGCAGAGAAGCAUUUACUUGCAGUUAAAAGUGGGUUGACGAGAAGCCAGGUAUCUAACUGGUUUAUUAAUGCACGUGUUCGGCUAUGGAAACCUAUGAUUGAGGAAAUGUACGCCGAAAUUAAUAGAAGAAAAGCUCUUCGAAAUGAAGAAGGAAUCGAGAGCAGUCAGAGAAGCAGGAUAAGAAUGAACAAUCAAAUGUUUAAUAUCAAUUGA